CUACUUGUGUGGAUCCUGGAAACUGGAAGGCACCCAUUGGAAGACUGAAGCAGUCACAACUUCUCAAUAACCUUUGUCAGCAAGUAGAACAUAUUAAGGUUUCUCCGCAUCGUCGAUCAUCAUCGUAAUGAGCAGCAAGUGCUUGUUACUGGUGUCUGUGGUCCUCGCCCUCACAGGCCUAACGCAAAGCUUCCAACCACUGUUUGCAUCUGAUGGAAACUCAACUUCUCACCGCGAGAUCACCCAAAGGGCAGUUCUCCGAAAGACUGCUGAGGUCUGUCGAGACAUUGCUGGAGCAGAGGGAAGGGACUUCAGUCUGACUAUUGAUGACAGUCUAACAGCUGAUCGGGUACAAGAGGCAUGUUCGGUUUCAGACAAUUCCACCUCACUCCUGUCCAGUGUCUUGUUCCAUACUUCCAUUGCCAAUAUGUACUUUAGCAAUGCCAACGUGGAUUUAGCAUCAGCGCUGAGUGACGAGCACCAUUUUGAUGGUGAAAUGUUCCAGAAAGGGAGAGACCUAAUCACAAAAGGUGUGUCUGCUGUGAAGGCAAGUGUGAAACUGGAGAACUUCAUCGCAGGGCGCUGGACUCUUGGACGAAUAUGCCACACUCUGCAAGACUUCUACAGCCACAGUAACUGGGUGGAGUUGGGGAACAUAGCUCCUUACAAUGCCCUGAUCAAACCUGACAAAACUAUUGAGAAUCUGGCAGGACCAAAUAUUUCAACCUGUAGAAACUGUACAGGAGACAACUGCGAUGACAACCUUUUGCCUGACGUACUGCAGCAAGGGCUUCUUACUUCUGGCUACUUCAACCUCAUAUCGUCAGAAAAGCCAGAUGGUAAAUGCAGCCAUGGGGGCUCUUUUGACCAAACGAGCAAGCGUGACCCAGUGGGUGGCAUCAAUAAAGACAAAAUUGGGUCCAGCCAUGGUUCACUUCAUCGUGAAGCAGCUGAUUUGGCUGAGAAUGCAACUGUGGAGCUUCUGGAGGACAUCAGAACAGCUGUAGGAGAUCAGAACUUCCUACGACUGAUGGGCCUCUCCCAGUCCUCUGUACUGUGUUUUGUCAUUGACACAACAGGCAGUAUGAGCGAUGACAUAGCAGAAGCAAUGAGAGUUUCCUUUAAAAUCAUUGACAGUAAAAGGGGAACCCAGCAGGAGCCUUCAGCCUACAUAUUAGUUCCUUUUAAUGAUCCAGGUUUUGGUCCUCUACUAAUGACGACCGAUGCAGACAAAUUCAAAGAAAGCAUCAGCCAGCUGACUGCCAGUGGAGGUGGUGACAUCCCAGAGCUAUGCUUGUCUGGCCUGCAGCUUGCCCUUACUGCUGCUCCACCCUUAUCUGAGAUAUUUGUCUUCACUGAUGCUCCAGCAAAAGAUGCUGCCUUGAAAAGCACCAUAACUGCCCUUAUAGAGAGCACCAAAUCUGAGGUGACUUUCAUGCUGACAGAUGUCUUGACCAGUCGACGCAAAAGAGCACUGAAUCAAGCAGAUGCUCAGCUGUACCUUGACCUUGCACGGGCUUCUGGAGGUCAAGCCAUUGAGGUCAGCAAGUCAGAUCUUGCUCUGGCAACAAGUGUUAUAGAGGAUUCCUCAUCCAGUGCUGUAGUGACAGUCUUUCAAGUCGUGAUGAAUCCCGGAAAGCCUGAUAAUUUUACGUUUGUUUUUGAUAGCUCACUACGAAACAUUACGGUCUACAUCACAGGAACGUCCUCGCUCUCAUUUAAUCUCACCAGUGCCACAGGUGUAUCUCAGAGCUCUAGUGAGUCCAGUGGCCCUCUGGCAUCUCUGAGCUUGGCAGGUAACCUACGACGACUGACCCUCAACAAUGACAAUGAAACGGGAAUGUGGGAAAUCAGUGUAGACUCCAAUGACACGUACUCAGUAAAGGUCACAGGUCAAAGUUCAAUUUACUUCAUCUACAAUCUUGUGGAAUACCAUGAAGGACUCCAUGCAGACUUCUUUCUGAAAGAGGGACGUCCUCUUGCAGGUGGUAAUGCCACCCUCUUGGUCACAGUGGCAGGGAGUGACAGUGUAAAUAUUCCAGAGAUCACUUUGUAUGACAACUCAGGACCAGCAGAAGUCAACGGGACCUUGCAGUCAUUAGGAGGUUCUAACUUCCUGGUGACAUUUAAUGAGAUUCCAGCGGGUGAUUUUGUGGUUCGGUUGAGAGGAGAAGACAGCAGCUCAUCAUCAAGAUCAACUCCAAGCAGGUUCCAGAGGCAGGCCUCCACUCAGAUGAAGACUUCCAGUAUUUCACUGACCGCUCAAGCCAACAGCACCAACAUUGAACCAGGCUCCACUGUAGUCAUCCCAUUCACUGUCACCACAACAACCAGUGGAGUCAUUAACGAGACUGCAACUGGGACAUUUGCGGUGCGUGCUACCAAUGACCGCAGCUUUGACUCCACAUCGCCCAGUUCUGUCACCAUAGAAACAGACGGCGGAGGAAGAGCCAACGGCACCGUGACCCUAACCGCUCCUGCCACUGCGGCAUCGGGAAUGGACGUCACGCUUACGAUUGAGGCGGAUGAUGCAGCUGCGACUGAUAUCAACUAUGUUGUCCUUAGGUUUUCAGUUGCUGCUGAGGUGACUGAUGUUAACGGACCAGUGUGCCAGGAGGUCAGUACAUCCUCCAACUGCUCAUCUUCAUCGCUCUGUUACUCCUCCCAGUGGCAGUUUGUGGCCAAUGUUACCGACGGUGUGAAUGGGACAGGGAUUGAAAGAGUCACCAUCCGUGAAGGGAACGGCACCCUCAACACGACCACAGUGGUCGGGUCAGGGGGCGAGAACAUCACCGUUGCCUCCUACCAGGCCUCCUGCUGUGCAGACAAAGUGGAGUUGUCUGUUGUGGACAACGUGGGAAAUGUAGGAAUUUGCGUGGGCCAGGUGAGACAGUCCACUACAGUUGCACCUGUGACUGCAGCUAAUGUGACGACAUACACCACGUCCGCUGGAGGGUACACCCUGAGCUCAACACUUUGCGUCUGGAUAACUGUUGUGGCACUCCCGCUUUGGAAGUGA